AUGGAUCAAGCAGACAUCCCCGCGCUGCUAGCGCGCAUGGCAAGCAAUGAAGAUGCUUCGCGCAAAAUGGCAGUCUUCAAACUGCAGAACUCGAUUAACGAUCCAGCAUUUGCCGACGUAUUUAUCUCCUCGGGUGGCCUUGUCGUUCUCCGCCGACUCAUCAUGACAGCUACCGGCAACACGCUCGCCUACUCUCUCCAAAGUCUUACCAGACUGUUAGAGGUUGAUAUGGGAUGGGACAUCUUCGAAGGCCCAACAGCUGGCGACCUUGUUGAGCGUGUCGUUCAACUGAUUGUUACGAACCCACUUGUCAAUAUCCUCAGAGGCGCCAUGUCCAUCUUGGUCGCUCUCGUCAGCCACUCCCAGUCUACGAACCAAACACCAGGAACCUUUGGAUUCCGUGCGCUCAAGCCCGCCGUCGCCGUGUACCCGCAUUUCUUCGAGUUGGUUAUACAGCAGCUGCAGAGCGCAGAUCAUGCUCUGAGCGCCAACGCUCUCAUGUUGAUCAACGCUCUGAUCCGAGACGCCGUAUCGGGGGAGAGUGCAAUGAAUGGUGGAAAAGCCAAUGCAGGCUCAGGAGAGGAUUGGGCCAAGUUCAUCAAGAGAUUGCAGGACUUGGGCCUGAUCAAGGCAGUCCACAGACUAAUGCAGAGUUCUGCACUUCAGGACCUUGCGCAUCCAAUGCUAGAGUUUCAGAUACUAACAAAGAUUUUAUUGAGAAAGUGGCGAGAGGUUGCUGUUGAUCUAGAACGACCAGAGCACCGUAGAGCACUAAAGGGACUUCAUCUAGCGAGCGCACCGGAGCGAGUCCCUGUAAACGGACACUCUCCGGGACAAGACUCGCACGAGGCAUCAGCAAGGAAGGGAAGCAGGCGACACAAUCCGGAGAAGUGGAGGAGAUUGGGAUUCGAGACGGAGAGCCCUGCACAAGAAUUCGACAUGACUGGCUUCCUCGGCAUGAUGGACUUGACCGACUACGUCCGCAAGCACGAGGACGGAUUCCAGAAAAUGCUACUCGAGCAGGCGGGGAAGCCUGCCCCUGAACGUUGUCCCGUUGCAAGGGCGAGCUUCGCGGUCACUAUGAUAUUGUACGACCAUUUCGACGUUGACAGAACGGACCUGGACGAUGUCAGGGGCUACCAAUUGCUAGAAAGCAAGGAUCACGACAGACUGUUUAGACCACUGCUACUCCAGUGGUCUCGGCUACAUACAGCUGGCCUGCACGCCUUCUUCCGAGUAUGGAAAGCUACGGGUGCGGAAACAGACGACUUUGAGAAAGUGGCCGAACUGAUUAGGAUUCUGGUCGACCACGUAGUCGGGGGAGCUAGAAGGACAAAGGAUCUGGCCGAGGUGGAGGAGGAGAUGCAAGAGUACGACGUGCCGCGUCUACGGGACCAGCAGAUGGGCCUACUAGAAAUGUCGUUCGAGAACACCUGGGGUCAGCAUCUGCAACAAGUAAGAGAGGAGCUGAAGCAGGAGGCUCUACAGUUUGUGAAGGAACAGAGAAUUCGAUGCCUUCUUGAAGGAUCCUGGUUCUCGAAGCCAACGCCCAAGCGAGAUAAUGGCGCAGUUAAGCACCGACUAUUUACACCUACGCCAUGGCGAUUUGCAAAACUGUCUCAUAAUCGGCGAUAUCUACACUACGCUGAUUUCGAGGAAAGGACAGUAACGGCACCCGGUUUGGACUCUCUUCCUGAGAAGGUCGAUCUCAGCACCAUCAGCUCCGUUGUAUCCAACGUAUCGGCGCCCAACGAAGACACACGGAGUACUUUGAGUGGUUUCGUGGGCAAGGACACACCUCCCAAGCCAACAACCAAGAUCACAGUUUACAGCUUUGUGAGCCCGACAGAGGCUACACGAGGAGCGGAUGCUAAGGAGCAACCAAUCUUUACGUUGUGGCCGCUGAGCCACAGCUUGGCAUCAGAGUGGCUGGACGGACUCUUGAUGCUACUAAACCAGGCGCCUAUCACGGCAGAGACCAACAAGCUGGUGAACUUGGUGAGCGAGUAUGGGCUCAAGAUCCGCCUGCUGAAUGUGCGGAUGGACACGGCGUUUGAGGGUCCGGAGCCCGGUGCUGGAGUGAUUCCAAGCCGGGAGGGGCUCGAUGAGGACUAUUUUUUCGAGGUGUAG